AUGGACGGCAGGGAAUUCGCUCCUCCUCACCUCCUCUCCCAUGCGCUCGGCGUGGAGGCGGCCCGGGAGCGGGGAGCCCUGGCGCACCGAGCCGUCGGGCGGAUCGCCUCGGCCGGACACGGCGCCGCCCCGCACCCGGCCCACUUCCAGCCCGCAAAGUACUUCUCUUCUCCGCUGCCUAUGCCGACACAUUCAGGCAACGCACUGAUGGGAAACUCAUCAGCGACGUUCAUGGGAAGUUUCCUCGCCAGCAGUUUGGGGUCAGCACCCGCCCAUCCUGCGGGACCCACGGCUUCCCCCUCCGAGCCCGCCUUUCGAAGCCCCCACUCGGCCACGUCGCAGAUCUGGUUUUCCCACUCCCACGAAGUUCCAGGAUACUCCAGGUUUUCUGGCAGUCUUGCCUCAACCUUCCUCCCUAUGAGCCAUCUGGAUCACCACGGAAACGGCAACAGUGUUCUCUACGGUCAGCACCACUUCUACGAGACACAAAAAGAUGGUUUCUAUCUGAGGAAUCUACCAGGACAGCCAACAUUACUCUCAACCAAUCAUGGUUUUCCUUCCAUACCACGAAAUGCACCUGGCCAUCCCAAUUCCUGCAGCAGAGACAGGGAGGUGAGCCAAUCCCAGAAAAGCAUCAAAGAAUCAGAACGGCUCUUAUCUGCCAAGGAGUCCGGGAAAGAACGCAUGAGCAAAAGCGAAGGCACUUCUGUCAGCAGUCAAAGGACACAAAAGGAGAGGCAUUCAGAAGGAGAUGGGAAAGACAGGCAUAAGAUCGUGUUGCCACUGAUGCCAGAUGUAAGAUGCAAGGACGACACUACAAGUAUGCACGGUAGCAUUUGUGACAACAGGAACAAACAUCUCAACAGCUGCUUAACAAACUCCAAAGUUAUGAACGGAGAUUCCAGUAAGAAUUUAUUAUCAAGCUGCACUAAUAUCGGUGGGAUUUUACCAAGGCAAAUGGACAUUCAUACCCCAGGCAGGUGUACCAAAGAGAGCUUAAGGUUUGAGAGGGACUUCAGAGAAAAUGGUUCCUGUGGUCCAAUGCACAGCGAGUGCUCAGACAGUUGGCAAACUGCACACCAUUCUUCAGCAUACUCUGUCCCUUCUUCUCUUUCCAACAUUCCUCCGCCAUCCAGCACAGCCUCCGGAACAUUCCCCUGUUUGCAGGUUCAUUCCAACUUAGACCUUUUUUACCCCAAUCAAGAGAAGGCUGGCAGGGAGCUCAAGGUCACUGGGCCUACGUUUGUGCCUUCAGUGGGACACUUCCAUGACAAAACAGGGCCUUUCCAGGUCACGGCGGAGAAUUGCAGGGUCAGCAGAAGCAUAGGCAAGGAGAAGACACACGAGAAAGGCACAGACCGGUCAGAUAUCAGGACGAUUCCCAGCUCGCACGCUCUUCUAAAGGCAGACGGGAAGGGAAUGGACUGGGCCCACAAUUCAGCCAUGAAAUCCAAACAGCAGUGUGGGAGCACUGGUGCACAGAUGGUGAUGCCCUUCACACCUCAGGCAGCCAAGGGUCCCUCAGGGAAAGGAAGCACUUACGUUAUGCCACAGUCUCAGGAUUGUUUCUGCUCGAAGGAGAUGGAGACAUGCUGUGCCAAGCUUACCCACUCCGGCUACAUGCUGGACCGGGAGCACGGCCAUGAGGUCCACGAGAGAGCUUCGAAAGACUCCCACGGGCAAAAAGUGGCCAGGAUAAGGCACCAGCACCAUAAGCUUUCCGAGGUGGAGCACAUAGGAAGCAGUUCGGAGAUGAAGAGAAGGCCACCAGAGCUCAGUUGUAUGAGCUACAAUGGGUCACACUUACCACCGUGGCAGGGUCAUCAGAUCCCAAUGGGUGAAGACAGGAAGAACUCCUAUCUGGACCCUUUUAGUUCAAGUUUACAGCAGGCAUCAAUGUUGUCGCAAGGAUCUGUGCUAAACCAGGACAUGUUAGGUCAAACUGAUGAGGUCUCAGCCAUGAAGAGUUUGUUAAAAUACAGCAGCUCCUUUCCUCCCGGCACACAGACCUUGAUUGUCGGCCAGAAGACCCCUUUCGGAGGCCUGGGGAACAUCAGGGCUAGCUGCGUCCAUCAGGAAAUCAAAUUCCAAAGCGGGAAGUCACACCUGGACUUGGAGCGACCGGACUGUGCCAAAGGAAGGGAAGGCGAGCCAUCUCACGGAGACGGAGAGGUGCGGCAGCCACCGGUGGGGAUCGCGGUUGCCGUGGCGAGGCAAAAAGACACCCAUAACAAGCACGAGAUGCCUUGUGGCCCUGACUCCAGCAAACACAGCAGACACAUGCCUGGUCUGAAAGGUCCAUCCCGCUCAACCUACAUUAUAGACCUGGAAGCUGAGGAGGAGAAUAACCAUCUCCGUGAGGAAAGAAUGGGACUGACACGCCUGGACAGGGAAAGGGAGCACUUACUCCGAGAAAACAAAGAGCUCAUGGAGUUUGCACGAAUCCGUCCAUCAAGUGGUUGUCCUGGAGACCUGAAUCCAAACCUGAUGGUCACUGGAGGAUCAUCCAUUCAAGCCAGUCAAUUGGGAACUGAUCACAAUGCACACCCCCACCUUACCCCUCCGCAUUGGCUGCCAAGGACAGGCAGCCCCUCUGUGUGGAUGGGUGGACAUUCAUACGGGAUUGGCCACCCAGCUCUGCACUCCAAUCUACCGCCGGGUUUUCCAGCUUCGAUGCCGAGUGCCAUGCAGACGGUAUUCCCACUUUCCCAGGAUCCCUCGGCUCAGCUUGUCAUCCUGCCCACUGAGCCGCCCGCGCCUCAUUCUACUCCUCAUCAUCUUGCUGAAGUGAUUGAUCCUGCACAUUCUCUCUGGCCAUCUAUUUACCCAGCGCGAGCCCCCACAACACACAUUCAGCAUCCAGGCCAGCUCUCAGUCUACCCCCGCUCCCAGCUUCUACGUCAGCAGGAGCUCUACAUGCUUCAACAGCAGCAGCAGCAACAACAGCAACAGCAGCAUCAACAGCAGCAGAGGGCACAAGCCAUGGAACUCCAUCGCUAUUCACAACUAGUGGAUCAACGCAAGGCGGAGGAACGCCGAAUGGAAAUGGAGGAGCCCGUUCUCGAGAGGAAUAGGAGAUCACACAAAACAGUUGCCUUAAACUCUCCCAAGAGUCAUUCUUCACCCGUCAUACUCCCACCCGGCAUGUGUUCGACCAAACUCUCUCCGUGCCGCCACUCUCCGUCACUGAGACCCAAGUCAGGGUGCCCCACCCCCCAGCCCACAGCGAUGUGCCCUUUGCCUUCCUGCCCUACUACUACUCCUGCCAUCGUCGCUCAGUCCCCAGCCAUCAUCUCUCCUCCAUCCCAGAAUUCCGCAAGAAAUGAGACCGCUGAAAAGCGAACAGAAGGACAACCGCCUCAGGAUUAUCCACAGUCAUUCGAGCCAGAUCUCCCACCUGGCUAUACAUACUCAAAUGUUGCCAUUGGCUACACAUCCCCUACUCCCCUUGUGCACUCUGCCGACCUUGCAGACCCUCAAACUAUGCAACCGGUCUCCACGGCGGCCGAACCAGAGCAGGCCAGGACGUUUACGCCUGGUGAGCAAAUUCACUGUGAAACUCAGCAGUCGACCACGCUGGGAGAUGCAAGUCCUACCGACAGACACGUUAUCGCAAACGAGCUGGAUCCCGAAGAGCAAAAUCCGCGCAAAACCCUGCGUAACCCGGAGGAAAAGAAGGCGGGAAGUACAUUUCCAGCAGAGAAUUCAACCCAGGGGCAACUUGAGUCGUCUGCGCAGGAGAAGGUGGAAUGCUCGAGGCAUCUGAUAGCUGCUCAGGGAACAGCCACUGACACGGAAAUUCUAGGAGACGAAAGUGGACAAGGAAGUCCUUUGACGGAGCCACCUCCUCAAGGUAGUCAGUUCACGACUUUAACCAAUGACCCAGUGGACGUACAGAACUCAGAUAAUUCUGGCCCAGUGAUCGACACAGAUUUUAAAAAGGAAUGGAACAUUGCCAAACAGGUGAUUGAGGAGAAGGAGGAAGAGGGGGAGGACGAGGAAGAGGAGGAAAUUGCCCAUGACGCCUACGAGAGGGAUGAAGUGUUCAAAUGGCGGUUGGAUUGCAUGGCCGGGAUGGAUGCGCUGGUGGCUGCUGGGCUCAGCAUGGGAGAGCUUCUCGCUUUGGAGUCUGAGGUUCCCCGCUCCUCUAUGCCAUCCUCACACACUACAACCUCGACCUUUUACCCUUGCUCAGGGAUGCACGGAAUAGCUUUGCUGAGUGAAUUGGCCGACCUUGAACACCAGAGGCAAAUGGGUGAUGGCACCAGUCAAGGGGAGGAAGAGGCCGCCCUCAAUCAAGGUCUCCAAAGCCUUGCUACCAUUGCUGCUGCCCGCUCGCUGGUGGAGGCAGUGCCCAUAGAGAUGGGCGACCCUGGGAACAAAGUCAUGGAGAGCAAACCCUAUCCGGUCCGAAUCCCGCGGGUGCUGAAUUUACGAAGGAAAUACUCGUGGAGUCCAAAGGCAGAGACGGUAUGUCCUCUGAAGGCUGCUAUAGACAGGAUGGACACCCAGGAGCUGGAAAUGAGAAUGAGGUUGGCCAAACUCCAGCGUCGGUACAAGGAGAAACAGCGAGAACUUGCCAAACUUCAGCGGAGGCAUGAUAACGAGAGAGACGAAAACUCAAGGAGCCCAGCAAGGCGAGGGCCCGGGCGGCCGAGGAAACGCAAGCUUCUUUCCACCGUCCUCUCCUCUUUCGGGCAGCUCAGUGAGCUGGGCAAAUGCGAGGGCAAAAAAGCAACAUCCAUGAGGACAGGCUUGAGCCUCCUCUGUGAGGAACUGAGGAGCGUAGAAGAGCCCAAACCGAAGAAGAGCAAAGUUUCUAUGAGAGAAAGCAAAGAGCAGGAGUACGGUGGAAGUAAGACUGGGUCAGAGACAAAACCAAGAACGAACAAGAAGGACGUCUCUCAAACCAAGCUUACAUCAAAGCUGGGGAGAACAAGCUCGCAGCCAAAGCAAAAGGUACUAGGUAAAACAGCAAAUAAAACACACACGACAGCCAUUCUGAAGUCUGCCAACACCAGUCUCUUCGGAGUCAAAAAGUCAACGCAGUCUGUUAAAAUCCAGAAAAAAAUGGCAAAAGCAAAGACCUCAUCAAUAUCGUACAGGAAAGAUACAGCAAAGCAUGUGACUGCUUCUUCAGAAACAGCCUUGAAAAUGGAGUCGGCAGAGGAAGAUCGUUUACCGAGCGGGAAAACUAUUUUUGCCAGAAACAAAGUGGCCCAGAAGGUCAACUCCCUGGUUAAAAAGAAGCCUAUCAUUCAACCCAAGAGAAGGGCCAUUGGGGUCAAAGUGCAGAAAGCAGGAAUUAAGAAGCAGAAACAGGAAAUUCAGCCCACAGUGAAUGAAAAGGAAUGGUUGUCUACAGAGAGUGACGGCUUCUCCUCAGACGCAGAUAUGAGUGACGACGAUGACAACUAUAACAGUGCAGACAGCAGCGAUUGCAUCGCGGAACUGCCCAUGAAAGAACUGGGGCUCCGUACAGAAUACUCACCAGCACCGAUCCCUGCUGAGAUCGGCCCCUCACCUUCCUCCAUUGUGAAGCUCGAAGCUAAUCAGAAAGCGAAGAAGAAGAAAGAAAGGCAAGGUCUUCUCGGGACUCUCGGGUUUUGCAAUGCGGACGGGGACGUGAAGAUCAAGAAGAGGCCGGCCAGGCCAGGCAUGGACUCCAGCGGCACGGUCAAAAAGCUGGAGAAGCUUCCAGCAAACAAGAAAAAAGGAAUCAAAAUGGGAGAGAAGCCCAAAAAGCUGAAGAAUGCAAAAGGCGGAGCAGAGGUGACAAUCUGGCGGCGUCUUGAAUCUAAUCUGCGGCCCCUGCUGUAUGGAGAGAGAUUAUUUCCCAGUGCCAACUCUGUGCCUACACAAAUGGCAUCUAGAAGUCAGGCCAAGAAAGGCUCAGCCAACAGGUGUAAAAAGAUCACCAGAAAAAGCAAAGUAUUACAGGCCGCUUUCAAGAAAUCAAGCGGUCUGUGCCUUUCGCAAAAAGAAACGAAACCCAUCGACUACAAACAGAAUAGGCUGAACAAACUGAAGAGCAAACUGCCAGUAAAAGAGGUAAAGGGUCGAGCCGUCAGUAAACUUUUGGAAAGCUUUGCUGCAGAAGAUGAUUUUGAAUUUGAUGAAGACAGCAGCUUUUCUGAGGAAGAUGAAAACGCCUCUGUGAGCUGCUCGGCAGAGAUGCACCUCCCUCGAUCGUGUGCCAUCCAUAAGGAGGAUCUCAAAGAAGGCCUUCAGAUUCUUAUACCAAAGGAAGACAAACUGCUGUACGCAGGAUGCAUCAAGAUUCUACAGUCGCCUGACAUCUACAGUGUUGUGAUUGAAGGGGAAAGAGGAAAUCGGCAAAGAAUCUAUUCCCUGGAGCAACUACUACAGGAAGCCGUACUUGAUGUCAGACCGCCUUCAACACGGUUCCUGCCGCCAGACACCAGGGUGUGUGCGUAUUGGAGUCAAAAAUCCCGCUGUCUUUACCCAGGAACUGUAAUUCAAACUGACAGCUCCAGUGAUGAGGAAGAUGAGGAGGGCGGAGAUGAUUUUGUCACUGUGGAGUUUGAUGAUGGGGAUGUAGGACGCAUUUCACUAUCAAAUAUCCGGCUCCUUCCACCGGAAUACAAAAUACAAUGUACAGAACCUUCUCCCGCUCUGCUGGUAUCGAAUGGGAGGCGACGGAUCAGGAGAUUCUGCAAUGAGAAGCAGGAAAGUGCGGAAAGCAGUUUCCGUCCGGUUCGACAACAUUCCCUGCAAUUGAACAAAACCCUUGGGAGAAAGACUUCAGUAAAAGGAAAAGCUGGAAAAGGAGUUUUAAAUUCAGAGGUAUCGACUUUGUUGAGAGCGGGACAUGUGCUCGGUAAGAAGACAGAUGCACUAAUAAACUGGCCUGGGAUUGCCCAGACAAAGAAAAAGGCCUUGAAUAAGAACACGGCUAUUUUAGAAAACCUCUUUCAGUUAAACGGAAGCACAAGGAGGAUGAAGGUUAAGGAGAGAUUCCUUCCUAUGCAUGGUCUUCCUCGGCCUGUGUUCAGCAGUGGGUUUGAGGUUGACUCUUUCAGCAGCAUUGCCAACACCUUUGGAGCCUUUGGUGGCAGCCCAAGUCUGGCAGCAAAUCCUAAGCCAUUGAAGUCCAGAAAGGUGGAAAAGCUGGACAUGUUGGCACCCAAAGGUGGGAGGAAAAAAUCAGGAAUGGAAUUCCUUGUCAAAUUAGAUCACGAGGGGGUGAUGUCUCCAAAAACAAAAAACGGAAAAGCCUUACUGAUGAGCGAGAAGGAGUUUGGAGUCAAACUCAACACUGGCUAUUCGCAGUCGGUGUUGGUCAGUAAAGACAGGAAGGGGAGGGUAGACCUUCUGAAAGGAAAACAUGCUCAGCUUCAAAACCUUCCACUCAGAUUAGCCAUGACCGAGUACACCGGUCAGUCAGACUUCCGCAUGGAUUGUGACAGUGACAGUCAUAGUUCCUACUCUGAUAUGGACGACGAGGAUGAAAAUGGGAACUUACGAGACAGCGUCACGUCUAGAUAUAUGUCCAGGUUGUCCGUCUCUUCAUCAUCAUCUGCAUCUUCAUCCUCUUCAACAUCUGGUUCUACCUCCACAUCCAGCUUGUGUUCGUCAGACAACGACGACUCAUCCUACAGCUCUGACGAUGACUCAACGCUCUUGCUUCAAACUUGUAUGACCCACCCUGUGCCUGCAAUGCUGGCGCCCUCUGAGCCAUUACAAACAGAGACAAAAAUGUCACCGCACUCUUUCUCAGCGAAGUCUGUGAUGCCUACUAAUAAAGCCAAGCUAAAGAGACAGGAGGAAUUGAGUCUUCAAAAGGCCAAGGAGCUGGCAAAGAGGCAAAGAUUACCAUCUGUGGAAAAUCGUCCAAAAAUCUCUUCCUUUCUGCCAGCACGACAGCUCUGGAAAUGGUCUGGCAAACCAACUCAGAGGCGAGGUAUGAAAGGAAAAGCAAAGAAACUUUACUAUAAAGCCAUUGUGAGAGGGAAAGAGACCAUUUGUGUGGGAGACUGUGCUGUGUUCCUCUCUGUCGGACGCCCAAACCUGCCGUACAUUGGUCGGAUAGAAAGCAUGUGGGAAUCUUGGGGAAGCAACAUGGUAGUGAAAGUGAAAUGGUUCUACCAUCCCGAAGAGACAAAACUGGGCAAGAAAUCCAAUGAUGGCAAGAGAGCUUUGUACCAAUCUUGCCACGAAGAUGAAAACGACGUGCAAACCAUCUCCCACAAGUGCCAGGUGGUCAACCUGGAGCAGUACGAACAAAUGAUAAAAACCAAGAAAUACCAGGACAGUCAAGACCUUUAUUACCUGGCAGGAACCUACGACCCUACAAUAGGCAGGAUUCUUAAUGCAGAUGGAGUACCCAGUCUCUGUUAAAAAAAAAGAAACACUUAAAUGUAUAAAUUAAUAUAAAGCCUGGAUUUGCACCACACUAACAGGGACUGAGUAACUACUCUGUUUAGAAACAAAAAUAACUAACCUAAUGAACUUUUCUGAUGAUGCAAGAUGGACUGGAUCUGGAAUUAUGCUCUCUAGUAACUCGAAGCUCAAGUACGCAAUCCUGGAAUCACGGCAGCGAGGCCUCCAGGGGUCGAGCAGAAAGAUUUUUUGGAAACACAAUGAGGACUAAGCCUUCAAGGAUCAGUAAUACUGGAUUUACCAAAGUGGAAUCCUUGGGGCAUCAACAGGCUGGAACUUCUAAGCAUCAAUGGGUCGACCAGGCUGAAUUUGCACAUGAGACAAGUAGGCCUCAAAGAAUAAAGAGGAGUUAGGAUUUUGUGAGAUGUGAGAGCUGGGCCUCAAAAAAAAAAUCAAGAAAGCUGGAAUGGACACAUGGGAACUAGACCUUGAUCAGAUUGGGUUUCGACCAUGGGUCAUACAGCAUGGAAUUUAUUUCAGUGUGUGUGUGUACGUAUGUGUGGGUGUGUGCGUGUCGACUGGAGAAAGGAAAAGCAAGCAUCAUACAAGCCAUACACUCCCAGUACCUCUGUCUGCUUUCAGCUUUGCAAAGCAGAAUCAGGUCUAAUGUGUUUUUCUUUUGUUGUUGUUGUUACUUUGUUUCCUGGAGAGUUUUGUAAAAACCCAGGANUUUUUUAUAAUGCACUGCAUUACUCAGCUCAGCUGAGACCGUGUUUGUUAGCUGGAACUUCUGAAGAAGAAAGUAAAAAAAAAAGAGAUUUGUCUUUUAAGAAGACUGUUUUCUGAAAGAAGCCACAAAGCAGUUUGUUGCGUCAUUCAGUCCUAUUAAUACUAACCUCUUAAGUGAACAGUUAUUGAGAGUGAGUUUCAUUCGCUCUUUCUGUUGGAUAAAACAGUUCAUUAUUUUUUAGUCGUGGGCAAAGAAAGUUACGAUCCCUAUCACUGAAAAUUGGAUUCAAUUCCAUAUACAUGUAGGGAACAGUUCCCUCCAUGUUGCACAAAUGUUAAAGAGGCAGUCUCCCUUUUAUUGAUCAAUGUCGACAAUCCACUGAAACUUUCAAUGCUCAGUACAACUGCAAGUCUCACAGAAAUUAACGGGGUUGGAAAUUUAGAGCAAAUCCGCUCGUAACACAUACAUUAAGUUCUCGGUCCUGAAAACAAUGGGGAUGAUACUUACCGGAAGAAAUGGAGGAUGAAUAAUAGUGUGUUUUGGUUUGUCAUUUAAAAAAAACGCAGUGACUUUACACAGCACAUGUAACCCAUGAGACUUUGUGUUAAGUGGGUUGUAAUGAUCUCCCGAGGCAUUGAAUUUUUCUGUAAACAACCAUCCAGCAAGUGAUUUAUCAAUUAUAUCAUAUAGUUUGUAGCUGGAAGUGAUGGCAGCUCAUAAUGUCUGAUUGUGUGGGUAAACUGGAAAAUAACGCAGGAUUAAUUUGAACACCAGUCUGUUUGAUCCUUGCAGCCGUACGUUUUAAUUCAUCAACUUCAGAAGGCCAACAAAAUCAAAGGAUGCUGGCUCUUUAAUAGACCAAGCUACUCUUCUCUGACGUAAGCUGUUCAGCUGUGACUGUGCUGAUGGCAUACACUGUAGGCAACAAAGCAAAUGCUUACUGAAGGACAACCCAAUAAAGAUGGCAGAGAAGUAUCUCCCUCGACUACAUUUUAAGGCAAUAGAAUAGGUAUAGGUAUAUAGGUAUAUCAACAUGCUUAUUUUUCAUAAACCUCUAUGGAAUACCUCACAUGAGGACCAGAAGUAUUGGGAUGCAAGCCAGUGCGCUAGGCAGCCUUCGGUAAACAUUGAAGGCAACUUAUUUUCUAAUGCAACACCCAAGGAUUGUGGUUGAUCCUGAUAGGGCCAGGUUUCUGGAAGCGUCAUAUCUAUUUAAAGUGAUCGGCCUAUUUCAGAAUGGCUGCCUCCCAACAUUUAAAAAAAAACAGCUACUUCUGACGAGCACCUUGCAUUAUGGACAUAGAGCUACAGUUGGUCCUAUUAGAGUGAGCAGGAAAAGUCAAAAGUGAUUGGGCUUUUUGAAAACAAACCUAACGUAAAGCAGGAUUCACCAUUACUGGCUUAGCGAGAAAGAGAUCGACCUACGUAUAGGACAAUCAGCAUGAGGAAGUGAGUUUUUCUUGAAAGCCUUGUUGCCUCAAUGUGAUUUAUUAUUUGUAAUUUUUUUUAAAAGGUUGUUUUUCGAGUUUGCCAAACUGAAAGAGCACGUUCCAUCUGUGCGAGGGUCCUCUUUUGUUACGUUUCUUCUUCCGAUUACAUUCAGGAAAAGGGGGGAAAAUGCUGGAUUUUAGGGUGUUACAACCGUAGUUGAUUGCAGGAAAGCUUCCGUUGGUGUGUCAGAGAUUUGUGAGGGCAUUACGAUAGAUCUUGUAAAUGCACAGUGGAGUGCUCAGAUCAUUAAUCCAUCGUUAACUCCUAAGAAGGCAAAAAACAUGCCAUCAUCACAUGAGUUGGCAGUGAUAAAGCUGGUCAAUGGAAUACCAUUUGAUAUUCCAUCACUAAAUUGAACAGUGAUAGAAAAUGGAAUAGGGAUGUCCACAGAGGUCCUGCGGAACAUAGAAUUACACAAGACUGUCACUCCUGUAUGCCUGUGGAGACUUAAUCCUGGGACAAACAGUGUACUCCCUCUGUACUGGUGGAGUAUUCACAUCCUGCCUAUCUCUAGGAAAGGCAAAAUGCCCUUGUAUGUUUUAUGAGAUGCCACAAUGGUUUUCCAGGGAAGCAACACAAUCACUUAGCAAGGCAUUAGUAGUCCUGAACUCAGAAAGGUGCUACUUGUAUCCUCUUCAGUGGCCUCCACUUAGUUUGUUACGCAGAGUGAACAAAACCCAGAGCAUCUCAAUGCAAGGCUGACAUUCUGUUGGUGCAGGAGAUGGAGCAGUGGUUGGAACAGCUUCAUGUUCACGUUGCCACGCAUUGUGAUGGUGCUGGGUGAUCAGGACGCAUCUCAGUGUAGUAGAAUGAUUGAAAAGCGGUUUGACUCCCGCUACUUGUUGGUAAGCUUUUCAGCGAGUUUGUAAAGUACAACCUGCCUGGUUAUCAUAAAAGGGAUUCUGUCUCCUUAUAUAAGAAAAUCACAACCACAGUUUACAAAAGUUGUUUAAAACUUUGAGUUAAUGUUUUGAUACUGCCUGACAGGUUAUCAAUGUAAUAUUUUGUUGCCUUUCAAACACUAAUAUGUUGUAAAAGUUCUUUUUAUAUGUAUAUAUAUAUAUAUAAAAAUAUAUACACACACAGUAUAUAACUGUUGCAUCUCAGUUCUUCGGGAUUUUUUUUUCUAAUGUUUUUAAUGCUUUAGUCUGAGCACCAGCGUGGAGAGACAGACAUGUAGGUACCGUGGAUUUCAAGAAUAAAACAUUAGCUUAGUCGUGACACCUCAUGUGGUUUUGCAUAAAUAUAACUGCCCCUCCAGAAGGAUUAUUUCCAUUUGCCUGUUUGCAUGUCAAAAAAAAAUGUGUUCACCGAUCGAUUGCAGUUUGCUUUUGUGUAGUCAGAAAAACUUUUCGA